AAUUGCUGUGAAAAUAAUUCAUGACAAUAGUCAAGAUUCAGAAACAGAGAAGAUUCGUUUCGAAAAGAAUAUUCUCCGAGAAAUAGAGAAUUUACAAAAAUGUACUCAUCCGAAUAUUAUCACAUUGUACGGAGUCUCCAAAUACAGUAAUAACAUUUGUUUACUGUUAGAGUAUGCGGAUUGUGGAUCACUCUACAAAUUCUUGCACCGCACGAAAAGGGAAGUUUCGAUGGACGAGAGGAUUGAUUGGAUGCUGCAAUGUGCCAAGGGUAUAGAGUACUUGCAUAAAAAAAACAUAGCUCACCGGGAUCUUAAGACGCAAAACUUGUUACUUUUCAAUGGAUAUCACACGUUGAAAAUAUGUGAUUUUGGUACAGUUAAAGAACUUGUGACAAAAAAUACCCAGGAUGUCGGGACUGUUUGUUACAUGGCACCAGAAGUUUAUAACUUUAAUGUAAAUGAAAAAUACAAUGAAAAGUGUGAUGUGUUUAGCUUUGGAAUCAUAUUUUGGGAAGUUGUCAAGGAAGAUGCCAUUUUACGAAUUUAAUGAAAUGCCUCUAUUGGCAAUCCAAAA